AUGGAUGACCUCUACGACGAGUUCGGCAACUACAUCGGCGAGGACGAGUCGGAUGAAGAGCAGCAUGACCAGGCGCCACCCGCCUACAAAUUCGAUGAAGCUUUUGAUGAUGGGGAGGAUGGACAAGAUGAGGCUAUUGAACAACAACUAAUGGAAAUUGAUGAUGAUCCUUCCAACGCCGUCAUUCUCCACGAAGACAAACAAUAUUACCCAAGCGCCCAGCAAGUGUAUGGUACGGAUGUCGAGACUGUGGUUCAAGAAGAGGAUGCGCAACCUCUUUCUGAGCCCAUCAUUGCUCCCACCAAACAAAAGAAGUUCGCGAUUACCGAGACUGAGCUUCCUCCUGUGUACUUUUCUCGAGAGUUCAUGUCAGACCUGUUGAAUUUCCCGGAGCAGACACGGAAUAUUGCAGUCGCUGGGCAUCUACACCAUGGCAAGACGGCAUUAAUGGAUAUGCUAGUCAAACACACACAUGACCUUUCGAAACGUCUACAGAAGCGCUCUGGUAAGCGCAAGAAUGAACAAUUGCGCUACACUGAUGUUCAUUUCCUGGAGCGCGAGCGGGGCUUGUCUGUCAAAUCAGCGCCUAUGAGUCUGGUCCUUCAAAGCACAAAAGGCAAAUCCCACCUUCUUAACAUCCUGGAUACCCCAGGGCAUGUCAACUUUGUGGAUGAGGUCGCAUCAUCUCUCCGUCUCGCUGACGGAGUUGUACUUGUUGUAGACGUCGUAGAGGGCGUGCAAGCAAAUACAGAGCAGAUCAUUAAACAUGCCAUCUUGGAGGGUCUGCCAAUCACUCUCGUUGUCAACAAAAUGGACCGUCUCAUCCUGGAGCUCAAACUGCCUCCUAACGAUGCCUAUUUCAAGCUCAAACAUGUGAUUGAGGAAGUCAACACUAUUAUUGAAGAUACUCUUCCUGGGCAGAGUGAACAAAAACGCCUAAGUCCAGAGAAGGGCAACGUUGUCUUUGCCUCCAGCUCCAUGAACUGGUGUUUUACUUUGCAAUCAUUUGCACAAAUGUAUGCUGAUACUCACCCUCAGCUUGAUUCAAUUGCAUUUGCUGCCCGGCUAUGGGGUGACAUCUUCUAUAACCCCAGCAGCCGGAAAUUUACUCGAAAGGGGGUGGAUGAUAAGUCGACACGAGCUUUUGUCAAGUUUGUUUUGGAGCCGAUCUACAAGCUUUAUUCGCACACAAUCAGCGAAAGCCCCGAAGAUCUGAAGGAGACCUUGGCUAGCAUUGGAGUUGCUUUGAAGCCUUCUCAGCUCAAAACAGAUGCAGAUGAAUUGCUGAACCUCGUCUGUGAACAGUUCUUCGGUCCUCCAGCCGGAUUUGUGGACAUGAUUGUGCAGCAUGUCCCUUCGCCAGUAGAUGGUGCACAGAGGCUUCUGGAAAGAUACUACAACGGCCCUUUGGAUACCAAUAUUGCCGCAUCUAUGACAGCUUGCAACCAGGAUGGGCCACUCGUCGUUCAUGUCACCAAGCUCUUUAGCACGACAGAUGCUGCAGGGUUCACAUCUUUCGGUCGAGUCAUGAGCGGCACAGCUCGACCUGGUCAACAAGUUCGUGUCCUUGGGGAAGGGUAUACCCCCGAGGAUGAAGAGGACAUGGUCUUCGCAACAAUCACGGAUACAUGGAUUGCAGAAACCUGCUACAACAUUCCAACGGAUGGUGUUCCGGCUGGUAAUUGGGUGCUUCUUGGUGGUGUGGAUAACUCCAUUGUUAAGACAGCAACGAUUAUCCCCUCGAAGCUCGCGGAUGAUGAGGAAACUCACAUAUUCCGCCCUAUUCGGCAUAUGACCGAGUCAGUAUUCAAGGUAGCUGUAGAGCCUGUCAAUCCAUCCGAAUUGCCAAAGAUGCUGGAUGGUUUGCGCAAAAUCAACAAGAGCUAUCCUUUAGUAUCCACGAAAGUGGAAGAGUCAGGUGAGCACAUUAUUCUGGGAACUGGGGAGCUUUACAUGGAUUGUGUGCUACACGAUCUUAGACGAUUGUACUCCGAAAUGGAGAUCAAGGUGUCUGAUCCUGUCACUCGUUUCUGUGAGACGGUCGUCGAAACAUCAAGCGUGAUGUGUUACUCGAUCACACCCAACAAGCAGAAUAAGAUCACCAUGGUUGCAGAACCUCUGGAUGAUGGGAUUGCGGAGGAUAUCGAAAUUGCCCGCUAUUUUGAGGAGCAUUAUGAGUGGGACAAGCUUGCAGCUCGCAGUAUCUGGGCAUUCGGGCCGGAUGAAUUGGGCCCCAAUAUUUUGCAGGACGAUACUCUCCCCUCUCAGGUGGAGAAAAAAGUUCUCAAUACUGUGCGGGACUCUAUCAUCCAAGGUUUCAACUGGGGUGCGAGGGAAGGUCCCCUGUGUGAAGAACCCAUUCGAAACACUAAAUUCAAACUCACUGAUGUCUCGCUCGCUGACCAAGCCAUCUACCGUGGUGGAGGCCAGAUCAUUCCCACCGCUCGCCGAGCUGUGUAUUCGUCGUUCCUGAUGGCAUCGCCCCGUUUGAUGGAACCGCUCUAUUCAUGCACCAUGACUGGCCCUGCUGAUGCAGUCGCAUCUGUCUACACAGUUCUAUCGCGCCGUCGAGGCCACGUUCUGUCGGAUGGGCCUAUCGCUGGGACACCCCUCUACACCGUGCGCGGUUUGAUCCCUGUCAUCGAUUCCUUCGGGUUCGAAACCGACCUUCGCAUUCAUACGCAAGGGCAGGCCAUGGUCAGUUUGGCGUUUGAUAAGUGGAGUGUGGUGCCCGGUGACCCCUUAGACCGUGACGUCCAACUCAAACCGCUCGAGAUGGCUGGGGCUAUGGCCACUGCCCGGGAUUUCGUCCUCAAGACGAGACGACGAAAGGGACUGGCGGAAGAUGUGACUGUGAGCAAGUUUAUGGAGCCAGAGCUUUGGAAGGGUAUUCAAGAAGAAGGUGGUCUGGAUUUAUGA